UCACCUUGUGAGCCAUUGGGGAAAAUCGCGGAUCUCUGUUUUUUGACCCGCACUUCACCAAUCGAUCGGCCGAAGCUCUUGUGCCCCUCCCCGCACCCUCGAGCUCUCUCCCCCUCAUCAACCAACAAAACAACCGCCAAAAUGCCUUUCGACAUCGAUACCGCUCGCCGAAAUAAGACGCCCCGACCUCUUUCAGACUCGGAGCGCGCUCGCGUAGAAGAGUUCAUCGACUCGAUCCACUACUCUGCACGAUACUCGGACAGCGAAUAUGAAUACCGUCAUGUUCAGCUCCCCAAGGCCAUGCUCAAGGCUAUUCCCAAAGACUACCACGAUACCUCCAAGGGCACUCUCAAGCUCUUGUGGGAGGAGGAAUGGCGAGCUCUUGGCAUUACUCAGAGUCUAGGAUGGGAACACUACGAGGUCCACGAGCCAGAACCGCACAUCCUCCUGUUCAAGCGACCACUGAACUUCCAACCCCCUCAGUAAUUGCUAGAUGCACGACUCAGAUUUUCCCCAAUGUACCAUACAUAUUUACUGCACAGCACCCUUUUGUCGGUGCCAUACUCAAGCUCAGACGGAGGUUUCCACGUCGGCUCACGAUUUUACGG